AGCGCGGCGUGCGGGGGGCGCGGGGCAUCGCCCGGCGGGCGGGCGCGCGGGUCGGCGGGGGGCGGCGCGGCUCGGCUCCGCGCGCGCGGAGCAGCAGCAGUAGCAGCGGAGGACGGGGCGCGGCGGCGGCGGCGGUGGAGGAGAACGAGGACGGGGCUGGGAGCCCGGCUCGUCGCUCUUCCUGCCGGGGACGUACACACUCGUUCAUGCACGAGCGCUUUUCUUUUUUUUCCGGGGAUUUUUUUUCAAUUAUUAUUUUUUCCUUUUUUUCUUUUUUUUUUUUUUUUCCUGAGGGGUUUUCUUUUCCCUCAAUACCUCGCAACUGCCAAAUCCUACCUGCACAAACUCCUGGCCGCCGACCCCGCCGCCACGAGUCCUGGAGCUGGGGUUUUCGGGGCUUUGGGGGCGCGCCGCCUCCCCCCUCCCCCGCGGCGGUGCACGCUGGCCGUGCCCAGCGCUGAGAGACUUUCGGCGGCGGGCUCGCUGCUCUCCUGAAACGCCCGGGGCAGGCGAAAAGCACUUGUGAACUGGACCGGCUGCUUCGGGGAGGGGGGAGACCCGAGGUGGUGAGGAGAAAAAAAAAGCAGACCGACACCCCCCCUCCAAAAAAAAAAAGCCCAAAACAUCCCAAGAAAAAAAGCAAAGUUGGACGGGCGGCUCGCGCCGCUGCUUUUGCAGAAACUCUGACCGCGGGCGGCCCCGCUGCCGCCGCCUCGAGGGGGAGAGGACCGCGCCGCCGGGGACGAGGCGCCGGUGUGGAAGUACAAGUGGUGCGGGGAGCGGGGGCGCGGCCGCGGGGGGCUGCGCGGCCGGCUGCGCCGCCCCGGUGCCGUUGUGAGAAGUUGCGCGCCCUGCCCCGCGCCGGAGCGGCGCUGAGCCCCGGCGAGCCCCCCGCCGCCGCCGCCGCCGCGAUGGUGCAGCAGACCAACACGGCGGAGAACACGGAGGCGCUGCUGGCCGCCGAGACCUCCGACUCCGGGGCCGGCAUCGAGCUGGGCAUCGCCUCCUCCCCCACGCCGGGCUCCACCGCCUCCACGGGGGGCAAGGCGGACGACCCGAGCUGGUGCAAGACGCCCAGCGGGCACAUCAAGCGGCCCAUGAACGCCUUCAUGGUGUGGUCGCAGAUCGAGCGGCGGAAGAUCAUGGAGCAGUCCCCCGACAUGCACAACGCCGAGAUCUCCAAGCGCCUGGGCAAGCGCUGGAAGCUGCUCAAGGACAGCGACAAGAUUCCCUUCAUCCGGGAGGCGGAGCGGCUGCGCCUCAAGCACAUGGCGGACUACCCCGACUACAAGUACCGGCCCAGGAAGAAGGUGAAGUCGGGCAACAGCUCCGCCAAACCCGGCGACAAGGCGGACAAGGGCGGCGGGGGCGGCGCCGGCGGGGGCAGCGCGGGUGGCGGCCCCGGCGGCCCCGCGGCCCCCGCCAAGCCCGCCCCGAAGAAGGGCGGCGGCGGCUCCAAGCCCUCCCCCGCGGGCGGCGGCGGCGGCGGGAGCGCGGGCGGCAAGCCCCACGGCAAGGCGGCGGCGGGCGGCAAGGCCGCCCCCUUCCCCGGGGAGCCGCCGGCCGCGCUGCUGCCGCCCGAGCACCAAGCGCUGUACAAGCCCCGGGGGGCGGCGGGCGCGCCCUCGGGCCCCGGCAAGCCGCUGGCCGAAAAGAAGCUGAAGCGGGUCUAUAUCUUCGGCAGCGGGCAGGCGGCGGCCGCCUCCGCCUCCCCCGGCGGCGCUGUGCCCGGCAGCCCCACGCUGAGCAGCUCGGCGGAGGCCGGCGACCCCUUGAGCCUCUACGAAGAGGGGGGCGGCGGGGCGGGCCGGCCCGACGGGGACUGCGGCGGCGCCGCCUGCCCCUCGCCCUCCGGCUCCGGUUCGGGCUCGCCCUCGGAUCACCGCAGCUACACCAGCCUGCGCGCCUCCUCCCCGGCCCCCUCGACGGCGCAUUCCUCCUCCGCGUCCUCCCACUCCUCCUCCUCUUCCUCCUCCGGCUCCUCUUCGUCGGACGACGAGUUUGAGGACGACCUCUUGGACCUGAACCCCAGCCCCGGCUUUGAGAGCAUGUCCCUGGGCAGCUUCAGCUCCUCCGUGCUCGACCGGGACCUGGAUUUUAACUUCGAGCCCGGCUCGGGCUCGCACUUUGAGUUCCCGGACUACUGCACGCCGGAGGUAAGUGAGAUGAUCUCGGGGGACUGGCUGGAGUCCAGCAUUUCCAACCUGGUCUUCACUUACUGAGGCGAGAGCCGGGCCCUGCUGGAGGAGGCACAGACCCGCGUUGUCGGGAGGACUCGCCCACCCCGCCGGGGAGCUUUUGUUUCUUUUUUUUGUUCUGGGAAGGGGCUGGCGAGACUGCUUGUUGUGCUCGGGGAGAGCGGCGCCGGGAGCGGGAUAGCCCUCUCCUUGCGGAAAGGCCAGCGGUCCCCUUCCUCCGGCUGGAGACGGACCCGCACACACCCCCUUCGGGAGACGAGCCUGGCGUUGCUUUUUCAGAGACUGGCGGGAGCGAAACGCUGUCUUUUUCCUUUUCCUUUUUAUUUCCUGAAAAGAGAGACAGAGGAAGGGGGGGGGAACCACACACACCUCUGGGUUCUUUGUUGUUGCCCACUUUAUACGAAUAAAGAGGAGGGGGAGCGAUGCAUUGUGCUGAGCGCACACUGGAUGUCUUGAGCAUUCGCCCUUUCGUGUGAAAGAGCGAUCAGAACUGCCUGAAAAAAAAAGGAGAAAAACAAACAAACAAAUCCACCCAAGCCUUUGCAAGGUUCACUUUGGGGGGGGGGGGAGGGGAGAAAUCCUGUCCCGGUUUCUUCUGCGGUGAGAGGAGGCGACGAUGAUGGGAGGAGGAGGAGGCGGAUGGAGCCGGGAGCUGGACCGAGAUCCUAGUUAAGCGGAGAAGAGCCAGACUUACACUUGAGAGCUGUCUUGGAAGUACGGUGGGGGGAAGAUAAUAAUAAACUGAAACGGAUUUGCACGUACAGACGAGGUGGCGGCAGCGCUUUUCUCAGUCACCUUAUGUCAUAUGUGGAGAGAAAAAUAAGGCCGAAACUUCAAGAACACUGAAAACUUCUUUUGAAACAGACGGAAUGGGAACAGUUUCUGUCAUGAUGUGGUACAGGGGAAACGGAGGGCGAUGGCUUUUGCAAAAAAAAACCCGAAAAUACAAAAAAACGUAGUUUUUUUCUUCUUACUCAGAAUCGUGAUGGUGUUGGAUUAUUUCACUGGUGGGGUUUAAUAUAGCAUGUUAUCCUGUCUAUCUUUUUAAGAUUUCCGUAAGACUGUUGAACAGUUUAAAAAAAAUAGUGUUAGGAUAAUAUAAAAGCAGAUAGAUGGCGCUAUGUUUGAUUCCUACAAAAAUAUCACCAGCUUUUUUUCAUUCUUAACUCUUUAAAGGAUUCAAACGCAACUCAAAUCUGUGCUGGACUUUAAAAAAGAAAAUUCAGGACCAAAUUUUUUCUCAGAGUAUGUAUGUGUUUGUUCCUUAUAGCUGUAAAUGAAAAGACUUUUUUCUCACCGAUGCUCAUCCUCGUAUUGGUUUUUUUUUUCCUUGUAAAUGUAAUCGGAUGCCAUUUUAUAAGUGGACGUAUUUAUACUGGCCAAACAUUUUUGACUUGUAUUUCCUUGUCCUUUUUUGGUAGUUCUCGUUGUUACCCGCACCAUUUUUAUGUCUCCUUCACUGAAGGGCUAGAGUUUUAACUUUUAAUUUUUUAUAUUUAAAUGUAGACUUUUGACACUUUUAAAAACAAAAAGAGAAGAGAGAUGAAAACGUUUGAUUAUUUUCUCAGUGUAUUUUUGUAAAAAAUAUAUAAAGGGGGUGUAAAUCGGUGUAAAUCGCUGUUUGGAUUUCCUGAUUUUAACAACAGAGCCGCUGGUUAGUAUCUCACACGCGUGUGCGCGCUCACGCUCACUCACACACUCUCACACACCCACGAAUCAGCCCCUAUUUUGUCCAUGUUUACACUCCAAUCUGCAGGCAUCUUAAAGUGACAGCAUCCCUCGCCGCCACCGCCAGUGCCCGCUCUGCAGCCCCUCGCCUCGCUGGGGGAGGCGGCGGGAGGGGGCCGGGGCAGCCGGAGGGGAAGGCGUAUACACUGAAUGCUACCGUUUUCGGGAGAAACCGAUCCCGGAAUGAAGUUAAGCAACUGGUGCAUUUACACAGAAGGGAUCCUGUACCUUUAACUUGUAAACCACAUCUUUUGCACUUUUUUUAGAAGCAAAAACGUGCCGUUUAAACCACUGGAUCUAUCUAAAUGCCGGUUUGAGUUCGCGACACUAUGUACUGCGUUUUUCAUUCUUGUAUUUGACUAUUUAAUCUUUUCUACUUGUCGCUAAAUAUAAUUGUUUUAGUCUCUUAUGGCAUGAUGAUAGCAUAUGUAUUCAGGUUUAUAGCUGUUGUGUUUAAGAUGAAGAAAGUGAAAACAUCUUUGUACAUUUAAGUCUGUAUUAUAAGCAAAAAAGAAGAUUGUGUGUUUAUGUAUGUUAAUAUAACAUGACAGGCACUAGGACGUCUGCCUAAUGAGGUGGUUCCGUUAAGGGUUUAACUUUUUUUGUUCUUUUUGUUAUUUUUUUGGUCAUCCAUCCUGUGCAAUAUGCUGUGUAGAAUUUUUUUUUUUUUUUUUGUCUAACGAUCACCCACAACGCAACGUUGGGAAAGAAGAGAAAAAAAAAAAAUCAUGCCAGCUAACCAUGUCAAGUUCACUGCCUGUCAGAUUGUUGAUAUACCUUCUGUAAAUAACCUCUCUUUUUUUUGUUUGUUUGUUUGUUUGUUUUUUUUCUUCGGGAAGGAAAUAAAAUCAGCUGGAACUGAACCC